ACGUUGACGUUUAUUUAUUUAAUUAAGUUUUGGCACCUGCCAACGAUCAGUCAAAAUCGUAUUUUGUACUUUUUAACUUUUUAGCAAUUGAUCACACGGCAAAGUAGUGAUACGAUGUUGAGGUCUGCGAUUUUAGGCGAAAUUGUCCUGAAAAAUGGUCCGAAGAUUCUUGGUUCGGGACCGCACACUCGCUGGCAACCUCAGCAGCAACAAACCCGAAAUCUGAACGUACACGAGCACAUAAGUUACACAUUAUUGAAGGAAGCAGGCAUCCCAGUUCCUAACUUUGGCGUAGCCAAGUCUAAGGAGGAAGCGAAGAAAAUCGCCCAGGAUUUAAAGAUCAAAGAACUCGUAUUGAAAGCCCAAGUAUUAGCCGGAGGUCGAGGCAAAGGAACCUUCAAAAAUGGACACAAAGGAGGUGUUUGUUUCGCUUAUUCACCGGAAGAAGUGGAGCAAGUUGCUGGAAAAAUGUUGGGGCAAUACCUAGUAACGAAACAAACGGGAGAAAAAGGCAGGAUAUGCAAUGCUGUCAUGGUAGCAGAAAGGAAAUUCCCCAGGAAGGAAUUUUAUUUCGCAGUAAUGAUGGAACGUGCGUUUAACGGUCCCGUAAUAAUAGCCUCGUCUCAAGGAGGUGUCAACAUCGAAGAGGUUGCCGCUGAAAAUCCCAGCGCCAUAAUGUACGAGCCCAUUGACGUUAUGAAAGGUUUGACCAAAGAACAAGCGGAAAGAGUCGCCGUGAAAGUCGGCCUGAAGAACCAAAAAGACAGAACCGCCGAAAUGCUGUUGAAAAUGUACGAUUUGUUCAUCAAAAAGGACGCCCUACUGAUCGAGAUUAAUCCCUACGCUGAAGAUGCCGGAGAAACAUACUUCUCAUUGGACGCUAAAUUCCGAUUCGACGACAACGCUCAAUUCCGCCAGAAAGAGUUGUUCGCAAAGAGAGAUUGGACUCAAGAGGACGAGAAAGAGGUGGCGGCUGCGAAAUUCGACUUGAACUACAUCGCCCUCGACGGCAACAUUGGAUGCAUGGUGAAUGGCGCCGGUCUCGCCAUGGCCACCAUGGACAUUAUCACCCUUCACGGAGGUAGCCCGGCCAAUUUCUUGGACGUGGGCGGCGGCGCCACUGCACAAGCUGUCAAAGAAGCUUUCAAAAUCAUUACAGCUGAUCCAAAAGUACAUGCAAUUUUGGUGAACAUAUUCGGAGGUAUUAUGAGAUGCGACGUGAUAGCGGAAGGAAUCGUAGCUGCUGCCAAAGAACUGAGUUUAAAGAUGCCCAUUAUUUGCAGACUGCAGGGUACUAACGUAGACGAUGCUAAGGUAUUGAUCGCUUCGUCUGGAUUGAAAAUUUUACCUGUGGAUAACUUAGACGAAGCCGCUAGAUUGGCCGUGAAAUUGUCUAAUAUCGUGAGUUUGGCGAGAGAUGCUAAAUUAGAUAUUAACUUUGAAAUGCCACUGUAAAUUGUCGGUUAUGUAUUAGGUCAAAUUUAUCUGUACACUAUUCUAUUCGCACUAGCUUUCGAUGUUUAAAUAUUUAUAAAUAUCUAUCAGUAUGUGUAUGUUAUUAUAAAAAAUUUCCAAUGUGUUGAAGAAAACAAUGAAAAUAUAACAUUUUGAUAUAUCAUUUGAAUCGUUUGAAUAUUAAUUUCAGUAAUUUGUGAUACCAGUACAAAGAUUACUUGAGAUACGAGAUUGUUUUAAUUGUAAAAUCUUGUAUAUAGUUACGUUUUUUUUUAUUGAAAACUACGUCAGCUCGUUAUUAAAAUAAUUUUUAAACAAUUGUAAUAAGUAUUAGUGUUAUUGAACUGUAUUUUAUAGAAUAUUUUACCCCCAGUUACAAUUGAAGCUGUUCAAAAAAACGCGAUGCAAAGUUACGAUUCCUUUUUAUUUAUUAACUUAUUAAAUAUUUAAUAAAUAUAUUGCAUUUUAACUAAAAAAAGUGUUUAAUAAUUGAUAUACUAUACCCAUUUGAAGGUUUAAGUAAAAAUAUAACGAUGUUCAAAAUGCUUACAUAAUAUUUUAUGUAUUAUCUAUGUAGAAUGAAACUACUUAUGCUGAAUAUUUUAGUUAUAUUACAUAUGGCACGAUAAAUAACUAUACUAUUAACACACACUAAUUUGUCAUUUCGGUAUAGGUACAAAACCUACUUUAAGUGAUUAAAAAUAAUGUUAAUAAAUAAGUACGAAAUUUUAAUAUCUCGAAAACAAUAUUACCUUAUUUGAGGUAUACUUAAACGUACAAAAAAUGAAUAUUUGUAACAAGUAAUCACAAAAUGUUUCGAACUCUUGAUAGAAAAGAUAAGUCUGUAGUAAACGCACAAAUUUACUACAGUUACUAAUUAUUAAUUUCUAUUAUUAUUAUUACAUGAUUAUUGAAAUAGUCUUUCCUACAAAUUUAAGUACCUCAUGCAAUUCCUAUACAGAUAAUUGCAUAGUUGUAUGCAAUAUGGGUGCGAUAAAGUCAACUUGCGUUAGUAUCAUACAAAGAAAAAAGAAAGAGUGAUAUUGUGUAAUUACAACUUUCUCACUCUAACAACUGUUAUUUUAAUAAUCUUUGUUCAACUCAUAUAAUUGACCGUAUUGCAAAUACAUGCACUUACCCAUAUUCCUAUCGAUUUUAUAGCAUUACAAAAAAUACUUAUCAGGAAGAACAAUUUCAAUUUCACUCUUAACAAGUGAUUAACAAGAAAAUAAAUAUAAAUGAAUACUUAUCCUUAAAUAGUCAUUUUUGUGCAUUACGAUUCUGUUACUUAAACUAACUUGAUAUUGGUAAGAUAGGUAAAACGAAAAUGUUUAGAUAUGGUAAUAUAAAUAAAUAACAAUAGAAUUUUCAUCAUAAUUCAUCAUCGAAAUGGUGUAUAUUGUGCAAGUGAUCACCAUAAUCGGUCACUUCGCUGCCUACAAAUGUAUCAUGAUGUUCAAGUAUUUCCUCAAAAGUCAAUAUAUCAUCAUGAUUAUCAUCACUGUGAGCGAAUAGAUGAUCAACUUCCUCUUGUGCUAUUUCACUAAAAUUACAAAACCAUUUUAUAUUCCCGAUUUUUUUACCAUUUUUUCUACUUACUCAUUACUUGGUACAACCCAAGAUAGGAUUUCGUUUCCUUCUAAUUUUCCAUCAUGAUUCUUGUCUAAUUGUUGAUCAAAUUUCGUUUUUUCGCUGAUUAAUUCUUCUUUGGCAAUGUCGUUUCCUCUACCUGCCAUAUAUUCUUCGAAACUUAUAGCAUUAUCUCCAUCUUUAUCCUUGUCUUUAAGAGUUUGUUCCAAAAUUACCGGAAGCAUAAUUGGAUGUUCCUCUGGAUGAGAAAACGCAAUCCAUUCGUCAUUAUCCAGAAUUCCAUCAUUAUUCCCGUCUGCAACUUUCCACAU